GCUGCUGAUCGGCAGACAACCGGAAGACUUUUUGCGUGGAAUGCCGCUUGGCAUAGCUGAUCAGCCGGACAGUUCGACAGUUCGUAGCAAUUGAAUUUGAAUAUAAGCAAACAUUGUGAAGAUCAUUGAAUCAAAAUGCGACACAACUUUGAGCUGAGCUGGCGACUCCAGCUGUUCGCCUCGAUGCUGUUCUGCGCCCUGCUCGGCUAUCUGAGCUCCUCGGUGGCCCUGGCCAAGCCCACAUUGUCGUUCAGCCUGCCGCACGGACUGCAAGGCUUUCCCUCCUUUCAGUCCUUUACGCAGCAGAUCAUCGAGCAGCGCAGCCUGCGUCAAAUGAAAACCUACAGCGGCAAGCGCAUUAGCAACGAUUCGCUGAUCAUGAUAUACUAUCACGAUCAGACCAUUGCCGUCACGGAGCUGGGUCCACAGAAGCUGCUGCUCGGCUGUGAGCUGAUUGAAAUUUACAACGACAAGGAAGGCAAAAUGCUGCUCAAUGGCCUCGCCAAAUACAAUCGACCUCUGGAAAUCAAAUUUGAGGAAAUGCUCAAACUGAUGGAUCAAUGCGAGCACGUCGACAAGCUCAGCUAUGCGUCCAAGCUCAGAUACAAGUCCAGCAAUGAGGGCUCGGAACGUAGCAGUGGCACAAGCGAGUCUGAGGCCAGCGGUGCGGGCAACGACAGUUUGGGCGGCUCAGCUAAUCAGGAUGGUGUUUCGCUCAAGCUGGCAGCGAAUAUCUUUCCGCGCAGCCCCUUCUCGCUGCUAAGCGGCAUUAUACCAGGCACCAAAUGGUGUGGCACGGGAGAUAUUGCCGAAACGUACAGCGAUCUGGGCAGCGAGAUGGCCAUGGAUCGCUGCUGUCGCCAGCACGAUCUGUGCCCCAUCAAGAUACGCGCCUAUCAAAACAAAUACGAGCUAAUGAACGACUCGCUGUACACCAAAUCGCACUGCAUUUGCGACGACAUGCUGUUCUCGUGCCUGAAGAUGACCAACACGUCGGCCUCCCAGCUGAUGGGCUCCAUAUACUUCAACCUGGUGCAGGUGCCCUGCCUAGAUGGGCGAAGCAAUCAAUACAAGUUCCGUGCGGCUAAGGAGGGUUUCUAAGAGCGGCUUUACUGUGUGUGUCUUAUAUAUUAUAUAUAUAUAUUUUUUUUUUGUUGUUGUUGUUUAAGUUUUGUACGUUUGGGGCUUGUACAUAAAAGUUGGGCGCUACUUCAAUUAUUUAUUGAACCACUUAGCUAUACGAAGGCGUUCGCAAAUGCAGCGAAUGACGGGCAGUAACACUUCUAGAUGGACAAAUACGUAUCGAACGCCCAGUUUAUUAAAUACACACACUCAUAUAUAUAUAUAUAUGUAUAUAUAUUUUCAUAUAUAUAACUACGUGCGUGUGUAUAUAUGUAUUUGUUUGCAUGAUGUUAGGUUUACAUAGUUUAGUAGUAGUAGGCGUUAUAUUCUUAUAUAUAUUAUGCAUAAGGCAGCAAAUGCUGCGCGCUUGUUACAAAUACAUAUCAAUGUAUAUAU